CAGACGCAAUGAGGAUCCUAAUCGCAGUUUGUGUUUUCAUGGGCAUGUGUGCCAUGUGUGAAGGAUGUAGGUGUUCGAAACCGUUAACCAACAAAUCCUUUGGGUGCCGAAGUGACUUCAUUAUCAAGACAGAGGUACUGAGUGAUAUGAUGGCGCUUGUCCCAAAGGACCCUUCCAACAUGUACUACAAGAUUCGAACACCCUCACAUAUUUACAAGUUUAAAGGUUCGAAGUCCGGAAUAAAUUUUGAAAGAGUUUACACAGCAGAAAACAGUGCUAUGUGUGGUGUCACGUUAGACAAAGGGUACACUUAUAUUUUGUCAGGCACAAUUGAUACAACCAAAAAACGGCUGACUUUGAAUAGCUGCGUGUCGUGGACUGAGAAAUCUUCCAUAAGCCUGCAGUCGCGUGUGCUUUUAACGCUGUUCGAGGAAAAGAAAGUGAAUUGUUCUCAAUUUGCCGGUCCAUAAAUCUUUAUCACACUGGGCCAUCGCAGUUUCCUGUGCGUUAAACAAUAUUCGUAGAAUAAGAACGCGUGAUCGCAAUAUAUUUUGUUACAUUAAUGUAAUAUGGACAGUCGGUAUACAUUAUUGAAUUCAUCUGUUUCGAUCUUUUGUACAAGUAGUUACAAUAUCCCUUGUUUUUACACUGUUCAGGCUUUAAUUUCUCAAUGAGGAAAGUUUACUUUAAAAUGAAUCACGAGCGACUUCUUGUCAUUGUUGUUUCCAUGUAUUGCAGUACGAACAUUUAUUACAUAAGUAUAUAAAUAUAUUAUGCUUGUUUGUAAUUUAUAAAUCAAUAAAGUAUAAACAUGAAAGUGAAAAGUAAUGUA